AUGGGCAUUUUGGUUUGUUGGGACCCCACCGCCUGCCCCACCACGACAAUGUGUGAGGCAUGUUUGGCUUUUCCCUGGGAGAUGGAGGCGCGUAAGCCGGGCGCCGCGAUAAGACAGCCCUCAUUGCCAAGGGCGAGCCGUGAUUCACUUCAGAGGGUCGCGGCACCUACCCCAAGAUGGUGGCAAAAAAAAGUUGAGGAGGGUACGGCGCCCCGGGUUCCAGCGCCAUCACUGAUCGCCGUACUAACGAGACCUGUGGCCGCUUUUAACUUCACAAAUCGGACGGGAUAUGGUGCAUUCGGCCAAGUAUGGUCUUACCCGAAAUGCCCGCAAAAGAACAUAUUAUGCUCCCGGGGGGGUCUCCGGGGUGCCCUUCCCAGCCCCACCCCCCAGGGGUGA